ACAUGGACUAUCGCGUAGCACUUCUAACUUCCAAGUUUCUCGUAAUGCCCCCAGAGACUGCUGCCCAAGCGGACAGGUUCCAGAGAGAAGAAGGUCAGCUCCCCGGUACGGAGGCAAGGAGAAAAGCCGACGACAAUCGGCCGUCCACUCUUUGUCCCUGCAAGGAUUCCUGUUCCCCUAUGCUUAUCCCCGUGUCCAUCACCCCGGUUGUAAAGCAUGACCUUCAUUAUCUGGCAUCCAGUCACAUUCGUUCCCGCCCCACGACUUUAUUCUGAACUGUGC